AAACCCCUAAAAAAAUAAACUUUUUAGUUCCUCAAACUUUACCACUUUUAUCCAAAUUACCAUAUUAUAUCCGUCAAAUAUGAUUUUACCUAAUAUGUCUGAGUACUGGCUUAUUAGCGCUCCAGGCGACAAGACCUGCCAACAGACAUGGGACACCCUGAACAAUGCCACCAAGUCUGGCAACCUCAGUGUCAACUAUAAAUUCCCUAUCCCUGACCUUAAGGUGGGGACACUGGAUCAGUUGGUUGGGCUGUCCGAUGAUCUUGGUAAGCUUGAUGGCUUCGUUGAAAGUGUCACGAGAAAAGUGGCACAGUACCUUGGCGAGGUACUCGAAGAUCAACGUGAUAAACUUCACGAGAACCUGAUGGCAAACAACAGUGACCUGCCCACUUAUCUGACCCGUUUCCAAUGGGACAUGGCUAAAUACCCAAUCAAGCAGAGCCUCCGUAACAUCGCUGAUAUUAUUAGUAAACAGUUGGGUCAGAUUGACGCCGAUCUUAAAGUGAAGUCCUCUGCCUACAACGCUCUCAAGGGCAAUCUACAGAAUUUGGAAAAGAAACAGAUCGGAAGCCUGCUCACUCGCAACUUAGCAGACCUGGUGAAGAAGGAGCACUUCAUACUGGACAGCGAGUACCUCACCACUCUGCUCGUUAUUGUGCCUAAAUCAAUGUUCAACGAUUGGAAUGCCAAUUAUGAGAAGAUAACAGACAUGAUCGUGCCCCGCUCCACGCAGCUCAUACAUCAAGACAACGACUACGGACUGUACACUGUCACGCUCUUCAAAAAGGUAGCCGACGAGUUCAAACUGCAUGCCCGCGAGCGUAAGUUCGUCGUACGCGAGUUCUCGUACAACGAGGCGGAUCUCGUCGCCGGCAAGAACGAGAUCACCAAACUCGUCACCGACAAGAAGAAGCAAUUUGGUCCACUGGUGCGAUGGUUGAAGGUGAACUUCUCCGAAUGCUUCUGCGCCUGGAUACACGUGAAGGCGCUGCGUGUGUUCGUGGAAUCCGUUCUAAGAUACGGCCUGCCCGUGAACUUCCAAGCUGUGGUGAUGGUACCGGCCCGCAAGAGCACCAAGAAGCUGCGCGACGUGCUGCAGCAACUGUACGCGCACCUCGACCACUCCGCGCAGCACCACGGCAACGCCGCGCAGGACAGCGCGGAGCUGGCCGGUCUCGGGUUCGGUUCUUCGGAGUACUUCCCGUAUGUGUUUUAUAAGAUUAACAUCGACAUGAUUGAGAAGAACGCCUAAUUGUAUGGAGAUCGCCGUGUUCAUUUAGGUGCUGUUACCAGAUUGCGCAGCCAACAUCAGCUCCAACCAGACCCCACCGGGUCCGCUGUAGUCGCAAUUAAAUUGUACAAUUAUUUUAUUUCACAUAUCUGCUGACAUUACACAAAUGUAUAACUUAUCCAUGUAAAAUAAUCACAUAUUUUCAUGUACAGAAUAGAUGUUAUAAAAUGUAUGACAUAUUAAAUAUUUUUUCUUUGUGUGUUAAAUAAAUAUGAUGCAGGUUGUUAAUAUUAGGAUAAUUAUGUCCUAUUUAUAUAUGUUAUUUAUUAAUAAGACGCCAUUAUAGUUUGUUAGAAUGCAAUAAGGCGAAAAUAUCGAAGUUACUUCAUUUUGUUAAUGAACAAAACGAACGCAACAUAUUCUGUUCAGUAUUAAAGUUGCGUGGCUAAAUAGAAUAGUUAUCCAUAAAUCUGUAAUAUAAAUGUUCAACAUAUGAAAUAAUUGGAGUUGCAAAUGCUAUGUAAAUAAUAACAUUCCUCAUUAUAAACUCUUGUAGUACAUAAUAAAAAUAUUAUUCAAGUUACUGUU